AUGGUGCUAAUAAAUGAAAUCAUCGGUUCUUUUGGAAAAUAUCAUUAUUUCCUGUGCUUUAUAAUAUUUGUGAAUAAAUGUGGUGUUGCUUUCCUACAAAUGUCAAUUAUAUUUUUGGCCCCACCAGUGCAAUUUCGUUGUCCUGACAAUAAUGCAAGCUGUUGUGAUAAUCCGAUCUAUGACAGAAGUAAAUAUACAAGAACGAUCGUCAUGGAAUGGAACUUGAUAUGUGAAAGGGCUUGGCUGAAAGAUCUGACGCAAACAGCGUUUCAGUUUGGUGUGCUCGUCGGAAGUUUAGCUUUCGGAAUAGCUUCAGACAAGUAUGGCAGAAGGAUCACCCUCACCGUAUCAGUAAUUUUGGAAGUAUUCUUUGGAGUAAUGACUUCGUUUUUACCCGAUUAUUGGAGUUUUACUGCAAUAAGAACAGUAUUAGGUUGUGCCGUUGGAGGUAUUAUGGUGAUUGGGUUUGUGAUAGUAAUGGAAUACGUAGGGAACAAUUGCAGAGAUGUGGUGGCAGCAUUAUUUCACGUACCUUUUACAGUGGGUUACAUGUGUCUGACUUUGUUCGGAUAUUUUAUAAGAGAUUACACGUACUUCUUGCUGGCAAUAUCACUUUCUAAUGUUGUUCUACUGUCUUAUAUAUGCAUAUUGCCAGAAACGCCGAGGUGGUUGCUUGCUGUGAAUAGAACUAGUGAAGCUAUAGUUUUGAUGGAACGAAUCGCCAAAGUGAAUGACUUACCAACUAAUGAUAUUCAAAAUAAAAUUGAAAUGUACCAGCUAGAACAUAAAAGCAACAGUCAAAAGAAAGGCUCGCUACUAGACUUAUUUCAUUUUCCAUAUUUGAGAAGAAAUUCCUUAAUUAUGUCAUUUUCGUGGUUUGCAUGUAGCUACUGUUUUUACGGGAUAACGCUUUAUUUAAGUCAUUUAACUGGCGAUGUAUAUAUUAAUGUUUUAGCGAGCGGUUCCGUGUGUCUAGCUGCUUGCAUCAUAAUUAUUCCUGUGACUAAAUUCAUGAAUCGAAAAACAGUUGCCAUUCUUACGAAUGUCAUAACAAGUAUUUGCUUAUUAUCAUUGGCUGUUGUCCCCGAAGGUAAAGCGUCUCAAGUUCUUGGGAUCAUCGGUGUAUUGUUCAACUAUAUGAAUUUUGUUAUUCUGUAUUUGUAUUGCUCGGAAAUGUUUCCAACGGUAGUCCGUAACGCGGCUAUCGGCUUGUCUUCGAUGAUGGCUAGAAUAGGUUCCAUGAUAGCACCAUUUGUAGCAGGCUUCAGACCUUACGGGCAAUGGUGUGCUCCCGUAGCUUUUGGAAUUUUGCCAUUGAUAUCUGCGAUCCUUUGCAUUUUCUUGCCAGAGACAAAGAACUGUGAAUUAAUGAUGAAUAUGGAAGAGGGAGAAGCAUUUGCAAAACGGAAAUCUAGGCAAUGGGUGCGAGUUUCGGAAACAGUGACUGCUGAACAAUCUUAA